UACAGUAUGAAAUCUGACGCAUGCGCAAUAGCAAUUUCUUUUCCACAUGGUCUCUGAGGAUAGUGAAUAGCCAUGGCUCCGCAGUUCGAAAUGGCAGUAGGGCUCAAGAAAGGCCACAAGGUCACCAAGGUUCCACAGAAACCAAGACCUUCCCGGAGACGAGGGUUUCUGAGCAAACGUGUCAAGUUUGUACGUGACCUUGUGCGUGAGGUGUGUGGUCAGGCUCCCUACGAGAAGAGACUAAUUGAGCUGCUCAAAGUGCAGAGAGAUAAGAGAGCACUCAAGUUUGCCAAGAAAAGGUUGGGAGGUCACCGUAGAGGCAAGAAAAAGCGAGAGGAAAUGCAGAAGUUGCUGCAAGCCAUGAGAAAAGCACAGCAAGCUUCCUAACUCUUUAAUAGUAUGUUAUGAUUUUGUUUGUGCAAAUUUCUCUUUCAAUGUUUUAAAAAAAGUCUUUUGCCACUGUA